AUGGAGCAGAACGGGUUCUCUUUUCUCCCUUUUCUUAUCCAGAUGACCUCAAAUGCCGAGGAAGCUGCUCCCUUCACUUAUGAGACAGGGCAGGAGAUGACUGAAGCCAUGUUUGACGAGAGUUGUUUGGAUGGAAAUAUUUCAGGCGCAUUGGCUGGGGUGGAGGGAAUAGACGGAGUACCAGGGGUUGUUACCGGCGCUGAAGUCUCCGGAGCAUCGGCCGAUGGUGACUGGGUCGCUGGAGCAGUGGCAGGCGUUACAAUAGAAGCAGUGGGACUCGUCACCGGAGCAGCGAUGGGAGACUUCACUGGGUUCGUAGUUGGAGAAGAGACUGGACUCGUGGCGGCAGAGGGAGAAGAAACAGGGGAAGUCGCCGGAGCAAAGACAGGAGGUUGCAAAGGAGACGCAAUGGUUCGAGAUAAAACAGGGGGAGUUGCUGAAGGAGACGCAAUGGUUGGUGAGGAAACAGGAGACUUCGCAGGAGUUGCAAUGGUCCGGGAGGAUCUAGGGGAUGUAACCGGAGCAAAAACAGGGGAUUUAACAGGAGUUGCAAUGGACCGAGAGGAAACAGGGGAAGUCGGCGGAGAAAAAACAGGGGAUCUCGGUGGAGCUGCAAUAGUCGGAGACAAAACAGGAGACUUUCUCGGAGAAGAGUGAGGGAAUUUCGCAGGAGUCGCGGCUGUCGGAGAGGAAACAGGGGAACUCGUCGGCGUCAAAACAAUAGAUUUC